GACCAGGUGACUCACUAUAAUGGCACCAUUCGCGAAAAGCCUGAGAGUGAGGCUGAGGCGCGAGCCUAUCUCAAGAGCUAUGAGACGGCCCCUGCCUGCACUGUCAGCAGUGUUGUCAUCACUGACCUAGCCACGGGCACACAGGUUGAUGGCGUCGACAUUGCCCGCCAGUGGUUCAAGCCCAUCCCCACAGAGAUUGUGGAUCAGCUGCUGGCCAAAGGUGAUGUUUAUCAUUGUUGUGGUGGAUUUUUGAUCGAUGACCCCUUGAUCGAGCCCUAUCUGGACAAGCGCGAAGGCGAUGAAGAUUCCAUUAUCGGUCUGCCCAUGCGCUUGGUCAACAGUCUGCUUGAACAGCUACAACAGCAACUGGCGACCACACCCUAG